AUGGACUUUUCCCCGUCAGACAAGCAGGAACCCAUCGCCAUUAUUGGAGCCGCAUGUCGCUUCGCUGGUGGAGCAUCCUCUCUAGACUCACUAUGGGAUAUGAUCAGCAAGGUCAAGACUGGCCAUGGUGCAGUCCCCGGCGAUAGGUGGGAUAGCAACAUGUGGCAUCAUCCCGAUCCAGACCGAAAGGGCGGCAUUCUCCCACAGCAUGGUUACUUUCUGGAGCAGGACAUUGGCCACUUUGACGCUCCUUUUUUCUCUGUAACGGAAAAGGAAGCUGCUUCUAUGGACCCCAUGAAGAGAAUGCUGCUGGAAGUAUCUUAUGAGAGCUUUGAAAAUGCUGGGAUACCCAUGGAGCACCUGAUAAACAGCCGUACGGGUUGCUACGUCGGUUGCAUGACAAACGACUACGAAAUGAUCUCGUUGCAUGACAUCUACGAUAUCGGCCAUCCAGCAGCAACCGGACUAAGCGAAGCCAUGACCGCGAAUCGCGUGUCUUGGUUCUUUGGCCUUAAAGGCCCCAGCUUGACGCUCGAUACUGCUUGUAGCUCUUCACUCUACGCGCUGCACUUGGCGUGUCAGUCCUUGAGGCUGAGAGAAACAAACAUGUCACUCAUUACGGGGGUCAACCUUCUCAUCAACCCCAAUACCUCACAUCAGCUGACUGCAAUGCACAUGCUCAGCCCUGAAGGCAUCUCACAUACCUUCGAUGACCGGGCCAAUGGAUAUGGCCGUGGUGACGGCAUUGGAGCUAUGGUCGUCAAGCGUCUCUCAGACGCUCUACGCGACGGCGAUACGAUCCGCGCAGUGAUUCGUGGAUCUGGAGUCAACGCGGAUGGCAAGACCCCCAGCGUCACUCAACCGAGCUCCACAGCGCAAGCCGAACUCAUUAUCCAGACCUACGAGGACGCCGGCCUGGAUCUGUCGCAAACAGGGUACUUCGAGUGCCAUGGGACAGGAACGCCCAUUGGUGACCCUCUCGAGCUUACUGCAAUUGCGUCGACCCUGGGAAUGCUGGUCCCCACAUUCGGCGUGGAGCGCAUCAACCCAAAACUCAAGUUGGCUGACUGGCAUCUUACGCUCCCAGACGAAGUCGCCAGAUGGCCCACGCCAGGGCUGCGUCGAAUCAGUGUCAACUCCUUUGGGUUUGGUGGAGCAAACGCUCACGUUAUCCUGGACGAUGCGUACCAUUAUCUCCAUGACAGGGGACUGGAGGGCAGCCACAACACUGUCAUCGGUGACUUUGGCUCAGACUCCGGCUUCGAGGACACAUCAGUCAACGGAGCUGACGAGCCAGGCAAGAAGCUAUUCGUCUUGAGUGGUAGGGGCCAGACUGGAGCCAAGCGAGUGUCUGAGGCUCUCCAUGCAUGGCUGCAACAAGAUCCAGAGGACAAAAACGAUCCAGCCUUGUUGGAGAAUCUCGCAUUUACACUUGCGCAUCACCGCACGCAUCUGGAGAACAGAACUUUUGCGAUUGCAAAUUCGACAUCUGAGCUCAUAGAAAAGCUAUCCAAAGGCCUGGUCGCAUCGACUCGCUCGCAACGCCAUGGCAGCAACCUCGUUAUGGUGUUUACCGGUCAGGGUGCUCAAUGGCCAGCAAUGGGUCUCGAACUGCUCGCAAACUCGACGUUUCGCUCAAGCAUCGAGGCCUCCCAAAGUUAUCUCGAGGACCUGGGCUGCACGUGGAACGCAAUCGAUGAAUUGAGCACGAAAACAAAUGCCAAUGUCAACCGCCCGGAGUACAGCCAGCCACUAUGCACGGUGGUUCAAGUCGCCUUGGUUGACCUGCUUCGCUCCUGGGAGGUCAUGCCCAAAGCUACAAUCGGACACUCGAGCGGGGAGAUUGCUGCUGCAUACGCUGCAACUCUUCUUACGCACUACGACGCCGUAAAGCUGGCCUACGUCCGAGGGGUCAGUUCCGCCGCAGUCUCCAAGCCAGGUGCAAUGAUGGCUGCUGGUAUUUCUGAGGAUGAGGCGCAGGCAUACCUUGAGAAGGUCCCCGCCGACUCGGCCGUAGUUGCUUGCGUCAACAGCCCAUCCAGUGUGACGCUAUCUGGCGAUGUUGACGCCAUUGCUCAGCUGGAAACCCUGAUAUCGGGCGAUGGUAAAUUCGCCCGCAAGCUCAAGGUCACCACUGCAUACCACUCCCCUCACAUGCGUGAGGUCUCGUCAACCUACUUGGACAUGAUUGGCGAACUAAAACCCAAGGAGGGCGACGUGGAAGGGGAGACGCCCGUCAUGUACUCGUCUCUUACGGGAUCUAUCGUUGCUUCAGCAAAGGAGCUUAACGCUCAGUACUGGGUCAACAAUAUGCAGAACCCCUGGGGCAGCUUCCUCGAGGUUGGCCCCCACGCUGCUCUUCAAGGGCCCGUGCGUCAGAUUAUCGACGCAAGUAACAACAGAUUUGCCAAGUCUGCCCCAUACGUCUCCAUGCUGGUUCGCGGCCAGGACGCAACGGAGACGGCUCUGAACGCCGCGGGUGUGCUGUGGGCGGCCGGCUGCCCGAUCAAGCUGGCUGAACUUGCCCAGCUAUCCUUGGAACCACGCAAAAAGGUUCUGGCACGAAUCGUACACGUCUCGAUCGUAUCGUUUCCCCCACAUGCGCGCACCGACUAUCUGGGAAUGGCCGAGGACUCCCAAAACAGCCUCGAGCCACGAUGGAGGAACUACUUGCGCAUCUCGGAGAACCCGUGGAUUGAGGAUCACAUCAUUACCGGUACUGUGCUGUACCCGGGCGCGGGCAUGCUGGUGAUGGCAUUGGAAGGCGCAUUGCGCAUUGCCGACUCUUCCAAGACGAUUGAAGGUUUCCGCAUGAACGACGUCACUUUUGAGCGCGGUCUGGUCAUCUCCCUGGAUGAAGAAGCCCCGGUGGAGACGCGCCUCAGCUUCUACCCCGACGGAACACGGCCCAGCUCAUGGGCCUUCACUGUCUAUUCAAUGACCAACGGCUCGGCAUGGGGGAAGCACUGCGCCGGGACUGUUACUGUUGUGUACCAGAAGGGAGUCAGUGAUAUCGAACCAGACGGGGUGAAUGCCUCGUGGCAGCAACAGUUGGCCACACGCAGGGCGCUACUAUCCGAGGCAGAUUCCAUCACUAUCGACGUGGGUGCAUUCUACAAGAAUCUGGAGGCCAUUGGCAUGCAAUACGGGCCGUCCUUUUGCAAUGUCAAGUGCCUCACAGCAGUGCCCUCGCAAAAGGCCUCGUACGGGUCGGUGGCCGUUCCAGACACCAAGUCGACAAUGCCCGGAGGGUACGAGACCCCUCACCUCAUUCAUCCAGCAACCAUGGACUCCAUAUUCCAUUUGGUAAUUGCAUCUCUCGAUGCUGGCCAACCGGUAAAACAAGCCGCAGUCCCGUACAGCAUUGACGAGAUUUUCGUGGCCCAUGAUCAGCCUAAGGAGGUUGGAGCACUCUACUCUGGCUACGGUCGCUUACUCUCCCAGACUGGCCACGAGAUCAUCACGGACCUCGUUGUCUCCGACGAGGACUGGACACGACCAAAGCUGACUGUCAAGGGCUUUGCCCUUCGCCAGGUGACCUCUGACACAGGUGGGGAGUCUUCCGAUGCUGCUCCUUCCCGUCGUCCCACGCGGAAAUGCGCUGACAUCUCGUGGAUUCCUGAUUUGUCCUUUGUCACCAGCAGCGAGCAGCUCACGAGGAUCAGUCCUUCCAGAAACGCGGCUGGGUUAGUCACCAGCUGGCUCGAUUCCGUUUUCUUGAAGGAGGCAAACACCGGUGUCCUUGUUGUCUUGUUUGAUGAAUCUGAGUCUAGUCACAAUGUGCUUCGUCGCCUCAACAGCCAGAGGUAUGGGCCAAAGAGGAUCAUUGCCGUCGCCGCAUCCGAGUCCAUCUCGCAGAUGAUGAAGAGCACACUGGGCGAAGGCACUGAGAAGCUGGACAUUACAUAUCAGACGCUGUCUGAGAGCCUCUCUGUCGAGAUGCUGGACCCAGAAGCCAAUGAUGUUGUUCUCGCUCUGGGUGUUUCCGACCUCGAUCGACACGCUGCCACGCUGGCAAAGUUGGCUCCUCUGGUAUGCCUCACUUCUGCCAGUCACCCAGGUGAAGUCGGCCCCAUUCCGUCAGAGAGGACGUGGGUUGGCAGCGUUGCAGAGGAUGAUAUCUACGUCCUGUGCAGUUCAAGACCAAAGUCCCUUCCGGUUGAGUUGCCUGACACGGUCGUGAUCCUCCUGCCCGAGACGCCGUCCGUUGCGCAGAGGGAAUUUGCGGCGGAGCUUCAGGCAAAGCUUGACCAAGCCGGUCACUCGGUUUCUGCGACGAAUUUUACUCCGGAGAGUAUAACUUUACUCGCUCACAAACAUGUUAUAUCUCUGCUUGAAACUGACAGUCCUCUUGUGUACGCCUGGAACGAGGAUCAAUUCCACACAUUUAAGAAACUCAUCUCUACCGUGAGCCAUCUUUUCUGGAUUACCCAUGGCAGUGUGAUGGAGAGCUGGUCGAACGGGGUCGAAUUUGCGACGACCCAGGGCCUGUUCCGCGUGAUGCGCAACGAAUAUCCCGUUGCUGUCCUGCCUGUUCUCGAUCUGUCCGCAGUCGCUGACAUUUCCAGCCCCCAAUACGCGGACCUGGUCCUCGAUGUGUGGCGAUCGUCCCUGCCGGACGACGGAGAAAUGGAAUACGCCGAGUACAACGGCCUGGUCUAUAUCCCUCGAGCCACCGAGGACGCGGGCUUCGAUUACGAGCUUCAGCUGGCAAACAAUACCGCAAAGCCAAUCGAGUCAACCCUUGGCGCUGCCCGGCAGCCGCUAGCAGCAAGCGAGUUGGCAUCAGAUCAAGCAUACAUCUGGAUCGCCGACGAUGAGGCCCAAUCACCCCUUAAAGAAGGUCAAGUCGAGAUCAAGGUCGAGUAUUCCGGUGUCGGCUUGGGCCAGACAUUGACCUCUGUCCGCCACGCUGUCGGAACUGUUGCCCGCCUUCACGACUCAGUAAGGGCUCUGCAGCUUGGCCAGCGCGUUGUUGUCUUCUCCGAGGCUGCGGCGAAAACGCACCUCCGCCAAAAUCAGGACUUGGUUGCACCGCUGCCCAACGGACUCGCCCCACCUGACGCUGUUACCCUUGUUGAGCCACUUAUUACAGCGCAGUAUGCACUCCUCGAGAUCGCUCAUCUCCGUCGCGGGCAAGGACUGCUGCUGGAUGACGCCGGGAGCGCUGUCGGCCAGGCUCUGGCACAGGUUGCCAGCGCUAUUGGCGCCGAUAUCUUUGCUCUGGUUGACACCAGAGAAGAACGUGAUCUCCUCUCUGGGCGAUAUGGCAUCUCUAAAGACCACAUCUUCGACGCUGGUUUGGAGAACUUCGUGCCGCUGAUUCAGGCGACUACCGAAAGCCGUGGGGUUGAUGUCGUUAUCAGCCACCGCACCCAUUCCCAUGUCCCUGGCUUGAUGUCGACUCUGAGUGAGUUUGGCCAGUUUGUUGACCUCACCGGUGAAGGCUUUCGGGCUCUCCUUCCAAGCAGUAAAGCCAACGUUACCUUUUCGCGCAUCGACAUCGCCGCCGUGAUGCAGCGCAGGCCCGCCACUGUCGGGAGACUCUUUCGACAGGCUUUCAGAGACUACAGCCUGCAGGGGCCAUCCCCGCUGACAAUUAUGCCCGUCAGCAAGCUCGGUAGUACGGUUGAUACCGUUUCACCCGGGCACUCUGCCGUGUCCUUUAACAAUUCGAGCCCAUUGCUCUUGCGGCCACCCCCAGCUGAGCAACUGAAACUUGACCGUGAGGCAACUUAUGUUCUGGCCGGCGGCUUGGGCGCUCUUGGCCUACACAUUGCCAACUGGAUGGUCGAAUGCGGCGCCAGAAACCUGGCCUUCCUAUCCCGCUCAGGUGGUGCAAGGAAUCAGCACGAUCUGGACAGGUUCACGGAGCGCUCCGUUCGGGUGAAAGCUUUCAAGUGCGACGUCAACGAUGCUCGCAGUGUUGCCAAAGCCUUCGCCGCCAUCAAGGCCAGUGGCGGCAGGGUUGCGGGCGUGAUCCAGCUUGCCAUGGUUCUUGACGACGGCAUCUUCGAUAACAUGUCGUUUGAUCAGUGGCGCUGUGCCAUUGAGCCCAAGACUAAAGGCUCCUGCAACUUGCUUGCCAACCUCUGGCCUGGUGAUAAACCCUUCUUUAUUCUUCUCUCAUCCAUAACCGGCGUUAUUGGCAACACGGCACAGGCCAACUACGCUGCGGGGAACACGUUUGAGGACGCGUUGGCUCAUCACGCCCGCCACCAUCUCUGUAUCAACGCUACCAGUGUCGAUGUCGGUUUGGUCACAGACUCGGCGCACUUUACCAACGCUGGUGAGUUUGGAGACCUCGCUGUGUACCUGGGUCGAUACCAGCACGGGUGGCGAGGCCUGCAGACGAAUCUUGACGAGCUCGGCGUCGUGCUGCGGGCCAUCAUGCGAGGCUCGACAACGAAUGGACAAAGCGUACCAGCUCAGAUAGUCCUCGGUCUGGAAGACUGCAUCGAGCAUAAUCAUAACAUCGAUGGCUUCUCGAGGGACAAGAAGUUUGCGCUUCGCGUCGCGAAUUCUGGCAGUGAUAACAGCGAUAAUUCCAACAAGCAAGACGUGGGCUCACUCUUGGCGAGUGCGACAAGCAUGGCCCAGGCUGUCGCAGCUGUCGAGGAGAGCAUUAAGAGCUUGGUUGCUGCGGCCAUGGGUGUUUCGGUGGACGAGAUCGAUGCUCAAAAGCCUCUCUAUGACUAUGGUGUUGACUCGCUACAAGCUGUGGAAGUCCGCAAUCGUGCGCUGAAGGAUAUGAAAAGCGACAUCUCCGUGUUUGAUAUCUUGAGUGCUAUGCCCUUGGCUGAUGUAGCUGGCAAGAUUGCUGCCCACAGCCAGCUGGUCAAGAUCUCUGCAAGCGAAGAGUGA